CGAUGAUGUCUCAAGCAACGCUCACUCGUUGAAAUAUCAUUGACAAACCUUUCACGAUUUCCGAGUCAAAGCGGAUUUAUUUUCCUUCAAUGGAGUUCGAGUUCCUGCGAUUAAUAUUUUCUUCGUAUUCCGACUGUAAUUCAAGAUAUCGUCUGUAGCAAGCUAUUGCAUUCUUCGGGAAGUAUGAUGUCGACGUCGAGUGAGGCGUGAAUGUGAGAGGGAAUACAAGACAUAGCAGUCCCCCGUUUCUUGCUUGAAGAAGUUUUUUCCCCGAGAAGAAGGCCAGUCAUGACGAGAUCGCUAUUACUAUUCGACGGAAUCUCCUUUUGUCAUCGAUCGAUGAUCACUAUCCUGGCAGCAGUGGUAGUUGAUAUUGAAAGAUACGAGCUCUCGUCGACCUUCUCGUCUUGGUCUUGGAAUCCAUAUUUAUUGGAGUCAACGCAGAAUUUUUGCGGGUAGUGAAUAAAAAAAAAUGCCGCGAAUCGUGUGAGGCCAGAGCAACCAUUUGAUUUUCCAUUUUCAAGAAGAGUUGUUGUAAAACUAAAAGUACUAGUUCUGAAUGUUCUUGACAUCUUGAUCUUCUCCCUCUCUUCUCCUAAUCCACCUAAGUAGUGUUCUUCCUUCAUUAUAGAAGAAUAAGAAUAAGUGCGAAAGAAGUAAUAAAGCCUGUUUGCGUAUACUAUAAUUAAGAUCUUCAUCGAGUUUUUUUGAAAAAAGACAAAAUGGAGAAGAUGCAGCAACCGGUCCUCAAUUUCGGCCAGAUCACUGGCAGCAACCGCAUCUACAGCACGUGGACUUACAGAGGCAGUCAAGUGAAGGGGUACUUACAACUCUUACAACUCUGCUUUUGAGAAGAAGCAUCUGAUUGACUGUUGACCGAGGAGGAGAAGAACGCUGUACUUGUUACCCGAUAGAUCUAUGCUUGGCAUAGAUCCGGAUCGCAUCUGGUGCAGGUCAAACUCGGACUCAGUAGAGAUUCUCCACCGCAUGUAUAUUUAACUAAAUACUCACUUCAAUUAUUUACUCCUUCUCCAACCACUUCCCCUUUAUCGCCAGGUACCUGAGCAAAUGCGGCAGGUUCGUUGUGCUUGAGAAUGGUACCCAACUCGGCAGAAACGAGUGUAACCUGGUCAUGAACAAGGCAGCGGGUGCCGCGCAAAAUGUUUUCACGACGUCUUCGGCUAUGCCUUUAUGAUCUUGGAAUUAAUAGUUUUUGUGAGGAAGAGGAAGUAAUCGCAAAAAAACAUGAAUGUGACAUCAGGAAAAUUUUGCUCUCCAUGACCAGUACUAGACCCAUCAUCGUCCCUACCACCCAAUCUUCCCUGCUCGAUCUUCAUUUCUCGCACCUUCCGCAGCUUUUGGCGCAGUGCCGCAACUUGGUGGAGGGAUGAACCUCGGAAACGCGUUUGCCCCGCCACCAGGUGGCUUGGGUAAUGUUAAGGCUUGAGCUUCUGAGCUACUGCUACACUUCUUCUACUAUCGUCACUGAUUAAGUAUCAGGAUUUUCAUUUUGUGCAGAUGCAGUUCAAGUUCUUCCAAACUAACACAAGUAGUAGUGAUGGUAUUGAUACAUCGCGCUGCCUCUUCUAAGACCAUGCAGUUGCAAACACCGAUCGAGGUUGAGGUGAACGGCGUCUGGUACAGCAGCGUGCUCCAGGGUGCUGCGGGCACUUGCUUCGUGAAAGACCUGAACACCGAAGUCCCACUGAAAUCGUCCAGCAGACCACAGGGAAUGGCUUGGAGGACUAGGAAAUAAUUCACGAUGUAGAAGACGUAAAGGAGCCAGAAUAUAGCCGUCGUGCAAAAAUCAAGCGCUCUUCGAGUUUCAACUCGGCGUUGUAUCUUGAUUUACAUCUGCUCGUAUUUAUUUUGAUCCAUCUGGGAAUUCGAUUUCAGGACGAAGAAAAGAAGAGAAGAAACGCAAGAACAAACACGAUUUACGUAUUAAUCAUUAUGUGACAUUCCAGGGGGGUGUAGUGUAUCUAUUGUGUAAAUAACUUCUACGCUCGAACUGUCGCGGUACUAGAGAAAUGACAAAUAGGCACGUAAUAACUUCGCAAUCAUCUACUUUGUUUGUCAUUAACAUAUCACUGGAUGUCACUAUCAGUCUCUAAUAUUAAGGGCUGUUCUUGAUACAACUACUACUACGCUGACUAACAAAUAAACAUUUUUUUGAUCACAGCUGCCGCCUAGCUGCUGCGGUUGUUGAUUGAAAUAACAGAAGUACAUGGAACUACCUAAAGAAGUAGGACGUUGCAACGCGGCAUCGCCAUUCAUUGGUAUCUCGCAUUACAACUUACUACACGCUACUGUUACUAGGUCUAGAAAAUACAGAAAGAUAACAUUUUUAUCAAGCAUUAUCUAUCAUGUAAAAGUGACUAUAUCAUUGGGAUACUGUCCAAAGAGGCAACGAGUUAACGCUGAAACAAAACAUUCGCAAGGGAGAAAUCGUUAUGAUGACAAACUACGCUAAGAAUAUCGACAACAAGAAUAUUUGCAUAUAAGAAUUCAUGACUCAUAUCAUUCACCUCUUUGCAGGUCGUGAUCGUCCUAUUACAAGGACCAGCUUUGAUGGCCGAGCAGCAGACAGAGCUUCCACCUGGAUAGGUGUUCAUGUAGUUCUUCACAUUUGAUUUUCCUCGGUCGUGGCGCGACGGAGUUCUUGUGCUCAACGGCAUCACAGGAAAGAAAAGCGCUGCGUUCCCAUGAUGGCC